CACUCGUCUGGUGAAUUUCUUGAGGGUUGUCUCCUAGAGUUGCCAGGGAAAAAUAUACUACAAUAGUAUCCAGUUGGGAAAAUUUAAUGAAAUUUUUUAAUUUCAUCAGUGAGAUCCCAGAAGAGCUUAGUCUACAUGUUCCACAUUUGCGGAUACUAAAUUUUAGUCAUAACCAAAUUACAAGUUUGCCACAGUCUUUUAGCUUACUUCUUCACUUGCAAGUUUUAGAUCUUUCAUAUAAUCGUCUCAAAGUUUUGCCUGAGUCUAUAACUUGUUUACGACAACUUCAUACACUGAAUAUUGCCAACAACAAUAUAACUGAGCUUCCAGGAACUAUCUCAAAGCUUGGAAAGUUAAGCAAACUUAAUGUUUGCAACAACAGUCUCCGUGUGUUACCAGGUUCACUUGUAGAGUGCCCUAAGCUGAAUGUGUUGGUGUCACUGGGGAAUAAUCUGAUUCACCCUCCUCAAGCUAUAUGUGACUGUGGAUCUCAAGCAACUCUUACCUUUCUGAGGGAGAGACAUGUUCCAGUUACAUCAACAAGGCCUGCUUUAAAGAAGAAUGUAUUUAUGCGUGUAAGAGGACAACAAGUAUUAGCUAGUGUUGCUAAUCCAGAAUCAGCAAGUACAGAAUAUCGACAAGCUCUGGGUACAUCAAGAACAAAUAAGCGGAAGUGUCCACUCAUGCCACCUGUGGAUGCUACUCUACUGAAUCCUGAUCAAUUAAGAGAUAUGUUGCUAGGUCUCAUAUUUGGAGCAGCAAUAGCAGAUGCAAUGGCAUUGAACACUGAAAGGCUUUGUGAAGAUGAGUGUCAAUUCUACUAUUGCCCAGAAAACAUCAUGCUAAAGGACAGAAUUUCCGACCAUCUCAGACUUCAUUUCUCACCACAUGAUUGGUCUUGUAACACUGAUAUUAUGCUCCUGGUUUUAGAGUCCCUGAUGAGAUGGGGAGGUGUUGUUGAUGAAUUAGAAGUUGCAAGUCAGCUUGAUCAGUGGAGGAUUCAUGGCUAUGUGGAUAUUGAUCCUUGUCCAGGACAUCUGCUCUCUCCAUACAUGAAUCAGGAAUACCAAACUUUUACAAGGAAGCUGAAGUGGAGAUGAACUCUGAUAGAAUAUGCAGAGCUACUCAUGCUGAUCCAGUAGCCAGAGCAUCUUGCUGGUUCUUGUCUCUCUUGAUGGCCUCAUUACUUCAGGGUAAGAUGUGCUGUGGGAAGCUUUCAUUUAUUAAUUUAAUGGAUGAUGUCAAAGAAAAAGUAUCUCUGAAGAUUCUUGACGAAAAUGACAAAGAAGACUUCAGAAGGGCCUUCACUGAUGUCAGCAAUAAAACGGUCCAAGGAGACGAUGUAACAACUUCAUUGAGUUUAUUGUAUGCUGUGAUGAUGAAGGAUAAAUUUGACUUCAAGACUGAGAUUGUGAAUAUUGUAAUGAGAGGAGGCACUGGUGUCAGUGCCCAUGCAAGUGUUGUGGGAGGGAUCUUAGGCGCUAGUAUUGGUUAUUCACAACUACCCCAAGAAUGGCUAGGUGAGCUCCCACAGGAAAAUAUUAAAUUAUUGAACAUUAAACUAAAUUCAUUAUUGGAUUUGUUUGGGUUGCCAUAAAAAACAAUAAUUUAUGACUUAAUGUAAAUGUUCAUAUAAUAAAAGAUACAUG